AUGAUUUCGAGACGGAGAAGUUACACAUUGAGAGAGACGAGUUAUGAUGGAACAAAGAGUGAUACAGAUACGGAUGAAAAUACAACAAUGUCACCAUCGUCGUCGAUUUUUCAAUCAAAGAAGAAGAAUUAUAAAAAGUGGACAAACGAAGAAGAUCAGAAACUUCGUGAGGGUCGCGAACGUUUUGGUGAGAAUGAAUGGAAUCAAGUAGCUAAGCAUGUUGGUGGUCAUAGAACAGAUUCACAGUGUCAGCAUCGGUGGGAGCGCGUUUUAAAUCCAAGUAUUGUGAAGGGACCAUGGACAAACGAAGAAGAUAAUAAAGUUCGUGAAUUAGUGGAAAAAUAUGGAGCACGUCAAUGGAGUUUAAUUGCAAAACAUUUAACAGGAAGAGUUGGAAAGCAAUGUCGUGAACGGUGGCACAAUCAUCUAAAUCCAAAUAUCAAUAAGGCACCGUGGACAGAUAAAGAAAAUUUACUUAUUUAUGUUUUACAUAAACAUUUGGGUAAUAAAUGGGCUGAAAUAGCCCGUUAUCUGAUUGGGCGUUCUGAUAAUGCAAUUAAAAAUCAUUGGAAUUCAUCAAUGAGAAAAAAGUUUCAAUUACAAGAGGAAAAUUUGAUUAGACAAGGUCUGGAUUGGACAGCAAUGUUACCGAAUGAUUUCAAAUGUCCAGUUCCACUCCAGACUAGCUGUUCAUUAAAAUCAACAUCAUCGAACCACAGCACAUCAUCAGCAUCUUCAAUAAGAGCACCUUUGGGUGUUUUAACAAAUAUUUGUCAACCAAGCUACCACUCUAUUCAGAUACAUCCUUCACUUUCGCCAAAGAUGACUAGCAUCAAACACUCACCGACGGCAUUGUCUCUUAGUCAACAUUUUAAUCAACCAACACAAACCAUAUCUCAUACUCCUUAUGUUAUCCAACCAGACUCAGGACAUAUUAUUGAAACAAACAGUUAUACGAAAAGUUUAACGUCGGUUUGUCCAAACCCUAGCAACAGUGCUUGCGCUUUCUCAUCAGCAACACCCAACAAUCAACUGUCAUCAAGAACAUAUGAUUAUUCUCCUUCAUGUAGUUUUGCAUCUAAACCAAAACAGUUACCACGGCAAAAUUCGUAUUCAUCACAGCCUAAUCUAUUGAGUUCCAGCCAACAAUGUUCGUCUCAAACAUCAAUACAAUCAGAUGAAUUAGCUCAAUUACUGUACUGUACACCUCCUUCACCUCCGAAAGAAUUACCUAUGUUAUCCAGUUACACAUCAUUAGAUCUUCCUCAACAAUCACAAGAUCAUUCUCAUGCACAUAUUCAUCAACAAGCACCUCGAUCGGUUUCUCUACCCGUUGAUCGACAUCAUUCUUAUUUAUUUUAUGGUGAAGAUAUCAAUAAUCGUUCGCAAGCAUCAAACAAACAUUCAACAUUUGAUGAUCAUAUCAUGUUUGUGAACAACAAUAUGAACAGUGAUCCGUUCUUGAUGGAUUUUUGUAUAUUGAACAAUGACGAAAUUGUUAUAGUCAAAGAAGAAGAUAAAUUUCCACUGAUAUCAACUCAUCAAGCAACAUCGUCAUCGACGACGCAUGAUCGUAAAUCACCUCACAUUAAAUCAAAUUCAGCGUCACCAUCAAAAAAUAAAGUUUUAAAUACACCAAAACGGCUGGAUCACCCACGACGUACAAUUUUAACCCCUAGUCCGAAAGAAUUUGAUAAUGGAAACAUUGCAACAUUCUCUUUGUCAGAACUUCUCCAGUCUCAGCCAAUACAGUUACCUAAUUCAAAUAGAAACAUGAAUCCAAAAGAAAAUUCUGUUACUGCACGAAAACGUCGAAUCGUUCAUAAGCCAUUAUGCACCUCACAUAAUAAUUCAUUGUCAUCGUCGGGUGUAGUCGUUGAACAAAAACAAUUAACUAUAAAAAGAGCGCGAAAACGUCAAAAAACACGAUUACAGUCUCCAACACGACCAAUACAAUUUGAUUCAUCAAAAGAGUUAAAGAAUUUAUUUGGUGUAUGUUGA